GCAGCAGCGGCGGACAACCUAUGCAACAAAAGCUGCAGCAGAGUUGAGCGACCUCCUCAGCGGACAAAAACACGGAGCCCCGCGGCUGACACGACCCGGCAAGGUACCACUGCAGGGCUUAAGAUUGCAGCCUGGACCAAACGUAGACGUCUCAACGACAUUUAUGACGCUUUCAAGGCCUUUUGAUUGAUCAGCCAAUCGAUGGGGAUUCUCAGAGGAGCUCCGCCUACCUUCGCCGCCUUCCCUCCUCCCCCCUCCCCCCACAGCCUCUUCCUCAACCUUGCCUGCUCCAUCACCAAGCCCUCCAUCCAGCCCUCCUCCAUACACAAAAUGACUCUGGAACUCACUGAAUGGUCCUCUAUAUGGAUUUUUACAGCUUGUAAUAGACAGUAAGAGAAAGAGGGAGAAAGCUCAAUGACAAAAAAGCCAUAAACAUACAUUCACACCACACACAUACACACACAUAACACACAAACACACACAGUCACAAACAGGCAUGUGAACACUGACAUACCAAAUAACACUGACAGAUUUCUUUCAAACACAUGGAGAGAAGUUAAACUUGCUUUUGGAAUGUACCGCACUCUCUUCCUGUGAAAAUUGAAACGCUUCCUCUGAUUUUGUGAUUUUCUACGAGCCUUCUGCGGAGCUGAAUUUGUUUUAUUUUAUUUUUUAACUCUGGGGGUGAGAAGAAAAGGCUGGAGGAGGAUUGAAACCUGUUGAAUUUGGAGCUGCAGUGUCUUUUGGAUGACAACUUGUUUUCUUGGUUGACUUUAUUUUUGGAAAAUUGAUUGUCUUUUGUUUUUUCUUUAACAGCUCUAUGCUAGAUCUACUUGUUGAAGCUUAGUGUUCAUAUUUUAAGCAGGACAUAGUUUAAGAUAUAAUCUGUUAUCUUGAUAGCUGGGGCGCUAUCUGUUACAGUUUGUUUGCAGAGAUAGGAGGUUGACUAAGAUAUAACCAGCAAGUUACUACCACAAGUUGCAUUUUGUGGCUUGUAAAGAUUGUAAUUAAGUUACUUUUCAAACGUCACUACUUUAUUAAGUUAUUUCGAGAUAGUUCAUGCGACUAGUUUUCUCUAGCUUCAGGUAUUUGCAGAUUUUUUUCAUACAAAAGGGUGCACUUGUUUUCUCAUCGCGUGCAUGCCCUCCAACAUGCCUCCUCAGAACACAGAGGCUGACACUAUGCAGGUCGGAUCUGUGGUGGGCAGGAUGAACGCCAAAAACUCCACGACAUCAGGCUCAGACGAGGAGAAAGGAGGAGCAGCAGGCGAGACGGAUGGAUUGGGAAACAGCGGAGGAGGAGGAGGAGGAGGAGGAGGCCAAGGAGUGGAGGAGUCAGCAAGUGAGGGAUCUAUAGAGGGCAUCCCGCUGAAGAGAUGGGUGAUGCACGGAGCUGUGAUGUUCGGACGGGAGUUCUGCUAUGCUAUGGAGACGGCGCUGGUGACUCCAGUUCUGCUGCAGAUAGGUCUUCCAGAGCAGUACUACAGUCUGACAUGGUUCCUCAGUCCAGUCCUUGGCCUCAUGUUCACUCCUCUGAUCGGCUCAGCCAGCGACCGCUGCACCCUGCGCUGGGGCAGGAGGAGACCCUUCAUCCUUGCCCUGUGUAUAGGAACUCUGAUCGGAGUGGCUUUGUUUCUGAACGGAUCACUGAUAGGUCUGUCGAUGGGCGAUGAGCCGGGGAAACAGCCUAUAGGAAUUGUCCUCACUGUGCUCGGCGUGGUGGUGUUAGACUUUUGUGCAGACGCAACAGAGGGACCAAUCAGAGCGUACUUGCUGGACGUUGCUGACACAGAAGAACAAGACAUGGCACUUAACAUCCAUGCCGCCUCUGCAGGUCUUGGUGGUGCGGUCGGCUAUGCCCUAGGGGGUUUGGACUGGACACACACCUUCCUUGGAGCAGCCUUCAAGUCCCAGGAACAGAUCCUGUUCUUCUUCGCUGCCAUCCUCUUCUCGGUGUCUGUGGUGUUACAUCUCUUCAGCAUCGAGGAACAGCAGUACUCGCCUCAACAUGACAGGAUCGACCAGGAGAGUCCAGAUCGCACCCACCCUCCACCAUCAGCAAACGGCAGGACUGGACUUCUCGCCCCCAAGCUGGAACUGAUAGGAGAGGACGACACGCUGGACAGCUAUGACCUCUAUGACCCCUAUGGAGACGACCAAUCAGAGCAUGGGGAUAUGGACUUCCUAGAGGUUGAGCUUGUGAGAAGUAAAAGUGACAGUGUUCUCGCCAUGGCAGACGCCACUCUCGACCACAUGGACCACGAUGCAUUGUUCCUCUGCCACAUAGAGCCGUCCAUCUUCGCUGAUCGCCUCUCACCCUACCACGGCUCACCUCCUAUGACCAGUUCUUUCUUCAAUCCCAUCCACAACACUCCGCCCCAAAAGUUUGGCAACAUCAGACGCAGCAGCAGCGCGGGAAGUCAGGACCUGCUUCGCCACCAAACUAACAACCAUGCUCCCAACUCCAGGAUCUCCCGACUGUCUGCUUUCUUACAAGAAAUGGAAAACGAUGACGGGCAAGAGGCGCUGCUGAACAACCAGCUCAAUGAGCAGAGGACACUAAAUGGGAGGCUUUUAGCCAGUGUGACAACCGCUGACAGAGACAACGCUAAUAGACUGAGCUCUAAAGGACAGGCACACAGAGCGGGAAUGGUCAAGGCUGCCAGUACAGGAGCCCCCAUGCGUCAGUCCCGUCACCGUCAUACCUUCUACCGUCAGCCGUCCUGCACUUUCUCCUACUACGGCCGAGUAGGGAGCCACCGCUACCGCUACCGGCGAGCCAACGCCGCUUUUCUCAUCAAACCGUCUCGCAGCAUGAACGACCUGUAUGAAGUGGAAGCCAGACACAGAAGGAGGAGCAAACAGAGAAACAGACACCGCAGCGGGAACACUAACUCCUCCAGCGGGGACACGGAGAGCGAAGAGGGAGAGGUUGAGACAACUGUGCGGCUGCUGUGGCUCUCCAUGCUAAAGAUGCCUCCUGAACUGCUGCGGUUGUGCGCCUGUCACCUGCUCACCUGGUUCUCUAUCAUUGCUGAGGCAGUCUUCUUCACUGAUUUCAUGGGACAAGUCAUCUACCAUGGAGAUCCAACGGCUUCUGCCAACUCGACUCUGCUGGAUAACUACCACAGAGGAGUUCAGAUGGGAUGUUGGGGACUGGUUAUUUAUGCCAUGACUGCUGCCACAUGCUCAGCUGUUCUUCAGAAGUAUCUUGACAACUUCGACCUAGGCAUUAAGGUCAUCUACAUCCUGGGAACGCUUGGUUUUUCAAUAGGAACUGCUGUCAUGGCUAUCUUUCCUAAUGUGUAUGUUGCCAUGGUGAUGAUCAGCAGCAUGGGCAUCAUCUCCAUGAGUAUCUCCUACUGUCCUUACGCUCUGCUGGGACAGUACCAUGAAAUGAAAGAGUACAUCCAGCACAGUCCUGGUAACUCCCGCAGAGGCUUUGGCAUCGACUGUGCCAUCUUAUCGUGCCAGGUAUACAUCAGUCAGAUCUUGGUGGCGUCAGCUCUGGGUGCUGUAGUGGAGGCAGUUGGCAGUGUUCGUGUCAUUCCCAUGGUGGCCUCUGGGGGCUCCCUCCUUGGAUUCUUCACUGCCUGCUUCUUGGUUAUUUACCCGACUCCAAACAGCCGGGACGUGGACUCAGCCAAAGCUUCAGAGAAACGCGCCUUGACAAAGCAGGAAAAUCCCAUUGGCAGUGAAGUGGCUGUGUUUAUAGAGAAACCCAGCUUCCUGAAACUUAACAAGGCAGGCAAGGCCACCACCACCACCACUUCCUGUCACAUGGAGAACGAGUCUGCUCUGUGAUUGGUCGGCCUCAUCGACAGACACAGCAGAAACGACUAAAGUGACAUUUUAAUCACAGCUAAAGGAGAGACUUCUAGAUGUGCUGCCAUCAUCGUCCUCAGUUUGGUCAACCCUUUGUGUCCACACUUAUAUUGACUGGCUUUUCUGGAUUGUUGUGUCUUGAUUUAGGAGGGAAAUGCCUAAAUCUGCUGAGGGACCAGCAUACAUCAGACCAACAAGCAUAGUGGUCCCAGUGCUGUUGAAGCCGUCAGUGAAAAUUCCUUCCACUAAACCCUCACGGAUGUCCAAAUGAUCCGUCAUGGGUCAUCUGUGAGCAAUUCAAGGUUUUAAGGAGAGGUCGUCUCUGUCUCUCAGGGCCUCUAGGAGGUGCUACCGAGCAUCCACCUGGACAGGAAACUUCAGGGGACUAGCACAGAUUUAUACACGCACACAUACACCUCUUCAUGUGGGGUCAACCCAACAAUCGAAUGAACACCUGAGUAAUGAACGUUAACGAUGAACACAAGUCCUCGAAGCUGCAAUCAUUCAAAUGCUGAAAAUUGUUCUUCCUCCAUGUGGAUUACGCUUGAUUGAAUCUUUGCUACGUGAUGUGGAAGAUGACAGCAAGCAUGCGUGUCUGCUGACUUUGUGUCUCCAGUGAAGGCAUUGUGUUCACCAAAACAGAGCCGACACCGCUGGCUCUGUGGGACUUUGACAGCUCUCUGUGACUGUAGCUUUAAGACUCUAGACUUUUGGAAGUGGCAUUUUUUGAAUCUUUGAGCCUGAAGCCUGGUUCCUGGGGAAAACGCUCGAUCCUGAUCCCCCAAUUGAUUGUUUUUUGUUUUUAAUACGUAAAGUCUUUAAUUUAGCCUUACGGAGGCUGUGCUCCGAAGUGUAGAGCAUGAGCUUAAAGUUGCCUGUCAUAAAGACAAACGUGGUGAAAAUACACGAAAGAUAGAUGCAAUAAGCGUUGGCAUUAUAAUCCCAAAUAAUAUUUUAUGACUUUUUGAGGGCCCAGAAUGAUGCUUCUCUUUGUUUUGAGUAAUCGGAUUAACCUACAUGCUGCAUGCUAGAGAGGCAGAGAGGAGACAAACCAAACAGCAGUGGAAAGCAGAAGAGAAGUGAAGAUUUGGCAUCUUUCUCUCUGCUUAUUUUUCAUUUUUAGAGAUGCUGUUUGCACAGUGUUUGUCUAGCUGCACGUUAGCCAUUGUUGUAAGCAUUUAAUGGCAGUUAGAAAAGGCGUGUUAUUGGAGCAUUGAUGGAGGAUCAGUGUUUCUAGUUCUAUGUGUUGCUUUCACUGAAUUCGGCUGAUUCUAAUCUGUCAACAGAGGCAGAUAAGAACAUUUUAGAUGCUUGUUAUGUCUGACGCUAAAUUGAUGCUUGAAAGAAGAGAGGAGUCAAGGAGAAAUCUUCCUGUUUUAAAGAUGCAUUUUAAGAUUUUGGGAAAUACUUUUAUUCACUUUGGUUACCUCAAAUUACACUGAAGAGUACGUUUCUCUUCACUGUAUGCUAAAUAUGAAGCUUCCCCAUAUAAGGGUAAGAUAAAUUUAGCAAAUGACUAAAAAUGAGAAGUAGCUAUUUUAGAAUUAAAGUUUCUUCCCGGUUUAUUUUUUAUUUCCUUCUUGUUUGCUAAGCUCAACACAUUUGGUUUCAGUUUCAUAAAAGCAAGAAAGAGAUCAGUCUUCUCAUCCAAGAGUUUCCCAAGAUUUCAAUUUUUUUUUUUUUUUGUGAAAAAAAUAAUGAACAAAAAUUUUUUAACAUCUGUAUCCACAGCCAUGUUUUUCCAUGGGCAGAGCCCAUAACCUCAGCUUUUAUGUUGACUCUGGUUUUGAAUAGGUAGGCACUGUUAAUGUUUUAUUUUAUGAAAAAUUGCGUUGCAUUUGCAUUUGCAGCAGACAUAGAUUAGUAAUUUACAUCUUUGUAAGACAAGUCAGAUAAACAUUUUUGUUUAUCAGAGUAAUAUCAAAAGUUCUGCAACUUCUUGAAGUGGUAUUGUUUGCAAAGUUUAACUAUUUUCAAAUGACGGUGCCGUGAGCGCAGCGACAAAAAAAAAAACAAAAAAAAAAGACUGAUGUCACAGAAAUUUUAGUGCUCAGGAUGCUGAAAACAUUAGGCUGCACUGGUUUUGUGCUGAAAACGAGCACUGCAACAGGAAAAAAUGGCAUCAGUGGAUGCAGGCCCUAGUAACUAUACACAUUUAUAAAUGGUGAAUAAGUAAAGCUUAAGUCAUCAUCUAAAAAGCAUUGUACAAUGACAUCAUUCACAACACUUUUAUAACUGCUUUAUUGAUGCACCAGUAAGGCAUUAGAAAAGCACUCUUUGCCCCAGCCUUUCCCUAAACCUAACCAUACCCCUUCAUUUGUGCUUAACUUAUGCUUUAUAGUGUGUUUUUAAUAUAAAGUGUUUCCCAAAAUAGGAACCGUUUCAGGUUUGGAGAUGCAUGUUUUAAUCCAGAGUCCUUGCAGUUCCCCAGACUAUAAUCUUUAGAUGAAAGAUCAAAUUGCUGAUCUUUAACACUACAAACUAUUAUCCCUAAUUCUGCAUAAAACAAAGAAAUGUAACCUAAAUAAAGCUCAUGAUUAGUCCCUAUUUUGAUGGCUAAAACUUUAUUAGCCAUGCCUCUGAUGAACUAUUACCCAUUCUGGAGAGUUAACAAUUUUUUUGCAUAGUAUAAUCAAUGAGUAAGAUUACAGACUCUAGCCUAACUCUGACCCGGUAGGAUUUGUAACAAAACUCUGAGGCUAAUCAAGCAUUAUGUAUACAUUAAAAUCAAACUCCUCCUGAUACUACACUUAGUGUUUGUAGAGGAGUUACUUGUCAGAUAAUCUAUGAAAUGCAUCAACAGCUGAAAGCUGCACAAACAAGGUUGUAUUAAUGAGAAAAAUGAAAGCAUUGAUUGUGUCUUUGAUAAAUCAGAUCUUUUGUUGGCCCUGGGUAAUCAGUGAGAAAGAGGACUGUGAGGGUCAUGCAGGGAGAGCAGGGUAGUCUGUUGUAGUGAGAUCCUUUCUGAAAACUGUUCGAGCUAUGUUUUUUUCCUAUCCUCCAUCUGUCAGGGUGAAAGGCGAAGGAUUUGGGUCACUUUUCCUCUCGAGUCUGCAGCUGAAACAUGCAAAUUAGAGGAAUCCAAAUGUAAACUGCAGCGGGUGAGUUUUUACCCAUGAAAGGAUAUUUUACUUUAGGGCACAUUAGAGUGUUUAGCAGAGAAGCUGACUUUUGAUUUGUUUGCUUUUUGGAGAGGAUUUUCUCACAAUGAUGUGGUUAUUUCUUCCACUUUGAGGGGUGUCGGUGCAGAUUUGAUCCCUGUUUAUAUUUGAACAGAAUAGAUUCCAUUAUUUCAGGUACAUUCAGUCUGUCCCUGAGCCUAGCAGAAAGAGACUUUUGCUCUGACUGUGUUGCUAAGAUGGGAUCAUGACGAGGAGUUACAGAUGCAGAGAUUUGAUAGGCGUCUGUAAACACAUGGGCAAUAAAUCAUUCUGGAUUAAAAAUAAUGGACACGCAACUUCAUUUUAAGGAUAAAUAUGGAGUUUAAGAAAAAAAAAGUAAGGUUUAGGAGGUUUGCAUGCGACAACAGCAAUAUGCAUGUGUGCAACACCAAAGUAUGACUCUGUACAAAUCACUCAAACUUGUUUCUUUAUUGUCCUAAUAGGUCAGGGAUGUGUUGUUUUUUUCUAAUGCAUGGCUGGAUGUUUGUGUCUUUUUGUUUGAACUUUAAUGUGUAAAGAAAAACCAACAUGUACUCUUAAAGCUGAAGCAUUGUGCUCGGUCUAGGUGAGUUCACUCUUAACAAGCAUGUGACAUUUUUCUGUUUUGCACAUUUACAAAAAAAAAAUUCAGACCUUACACAUCUUGCUACAGAAAUACUGAAAAACAACAAGAUGUGUGCAGGCUCUGAACUACACUCCUUGUUAAAGUGUAGACGAGAAACUCCAGGCCGUGAAUACUUGAAGUGCAACUUGAGUGUUUCUGUUCUGUUGCAGUGAAAAGUCUUUGAUUCUUUUUUCCUUUGUUGUUCUUAAAUGUCCCAAGCCUUUUUAACGCAGACUCUGGAAUGUUCAGACAGCAGCUCGGCAUGCUGGGAGAUUGAGUUCUUACCUUUGAUUCCAUCUCGUGACUUAAAUGUUCUUGAAUGUGAAGUGAUUUCUGCUGAAAUCAUUUUGAUUUUGAUGUUUGCAAACCAGGGUUGGGGGGGUCUGACAUUGCACAGAACUUGCACAUAAUAAAAGAAAGACAAACAGUAGAUUUAUGUUGCAAAAGGAAAAAAAUAUAUAACUGUGGAUAUUUAUUUUUUUUUUUUUAGCUUUCUUGACUUAAAGGACACUUUCACGUAGUUUCCAAAAGAAUACAUUAAAGCUGUUCUAUUUGCUGUUACAGGAGAUGUUCCACAAGUGGACUGGAUUGUGUGAGUGAGUGCGUGUGUGAGGGCAGUCUAAAUGUAAAGUCUGGGUUGAGAGUGUUAAAAAUGUCAUCUCAGUGUUUGUUUUUGUUCCUGGUUUUCUGUUCUUUGCAAUCACUUGGUUUACACUUAACUCUGGAAUCGAUGGCUGCAAUACCGGAGGUUAUUUACGAGUCUUUAAUGUUCUGGUGUUUUAACCCAACUAGACUAUUUCCUUUUUUUUUGUUCUCAUUUCUGUUUGAUCUCAAGGCAGAGCCACAACUGGGAGUUAAGCCUUUGCACUUUUUCAGUGGCAGCCAUAUUGGCUCCACCGUCCUGAUCUUUGAAUGAAUGUUGCGAUGUUGUCUCAUGUUCCAGCUUGCAGCUGUCAGCGGCACAGCGGUACUGCCGUUACGUCCAACCUGGCCUGACUCAGCGUGUGUGGCUCUACCUUGAGAGAUCAGUGUGUUAAAGACAGAGGAGAGAUGCCUAUAUACUUUGAUCUUUACAGAGAUUAAAUCAAGAAGAAUACUUAAAGAAUGGGAAAGCAAGUAUGCGCAGUGUACUAUAUAUAAUAUGCCUUGUUAUUUGAAAAAAGAUGUAAAUAUACAUAUUUCUCUUUAGUUUCUUCUUUUUUUGCUGCUAUAAAAAAGAUGAUUAUUUUUGUUAGUAGUUUUGUUUUCUAUAUAAAGACUGUAUAUAUCUCUAUGUUCUGUAAAUAUGCUUGAGCCUUCAUAUGUAGGACUCUGGAUGAACACUGUAUGGAACGCACCUUUAAAUUCUG